CUCGUAGCCUUGAGAAUACUUCUGUGUUCCAACUUGAUUUCCUUAGUCUUAGAUGCGGGGAAUCCUGGUUCCGUGGAACCUGCCGGUAUCCUACUGGGUACAUCUCAACUGAGAGAACAAGUACAAAAACCUGACGAAUGCGACAAUCACUAUGUAUAUUCCGGAGUGCAUUCCGAUUCACUUCUACCCAUACAGCUGAACCCCUCUCCGACUCAUUCAUCAUUCAUUUCUUAUCUUCGUACCUGUCAUUCGUGUAUCAGACGCCAUUGCACGCUAGAAAAAAAUGUCCGUCCCUGACACCUCCCGCAUUAUAGUGGUCAUGGGAGCCACAGGCAACCAAGGAGGAGGGAUCGUUCGUGCCCUGCUGGGCUCCCGGACACCGGAUGGAGGUCUUUGGCACGUUCGAGGGAUCACCCGAGAUCCCAAUUCGACAAAAGCGAUGGAAUUCCUGGCCAAGCACCAGACCAUCGACCAACGCCUGUCGCUCGUCUCCGGGCGCGUCGAUGACCAAACGUCCCUCCAAGCCGCCUUUGCAGGCGCAUACGGCGUGUUUGCCAUGACCUCCGAGACCCAAGCUGGCAGAAUCCUGGACAAAGAAGAAGACCUGAAACAUGAGGUUGAGGCAGGUCGUCGUAUCGUCCUGGCAGCGGAGGAAUGUGGUGUCAAGCACUUCGUCUUCAGUAGCUUGCCGGAUAUGGUCCGCGCAACCGAAGGUCGAUACCCGAAUAUCCAUCACAUGAACAACAAGCAUGAAGUCGAGAAAUUCGCCAAGCAGAGGCUCGGCGCGGUGACUUGUCUCAUCCCGGGGUUCUUUUAUACCAAUUUGUAUUGGCCUCACUACUGUGACCGUCAAUCGGACGGUGUUGUUCGGUUUCGCAUCCCUAUCCCCAGCGGCCAGGUUGCGCAGUGGACUGAUCCGAUCCAUGACAUGGGUAUAUUUGCAUCCAGGGUAUUCGAGCUGGGUGCUGAGAAAACCCGCGAGAAGACGUACCUUGUGCUAAGCUCUCGAGUCACCCCUGUUGAGAUGAUAGAGACGUUCAUAAAGGUCACUGGUCAGCCCGCAAUUCAUGAUCCAAUAACCGCAGAGGAAUUCGGAGAGAAGACAGCUCCGUUCGUUGGGCCGGCCUUUAAGAAAGAUGCCACCGAGAUGAUGGAAUGGGCUGCCAUACUGCCAGCGGACAAGAUCUGUUACGGGGCCUUCGCUGAGCAUGAGGACCACUCCUUUGAGGAAUUGGGGUUAAAGGCAUCCUCUUUUGAGGAAUGGCUGCACCGCAGUGGCUGGACGGGUCCAGCAUGAGGAAUUAGGAAGAGGAAUAUAGGCUUAUCUGAAUCUGGGAGUUCACUCAAUCCAAGUUGCGUU